UCCAAUUUUGGGGUGGGAAUUGAGCGUCAGCUGUUCAUCAAGGAGCCGUCUGGGCGGCUGCCGGCCAUGGUAGAGUGGUGGAAUGGCAUUGGGGCCAUCCUGGACUUCACCAACCCUGCGGCCCGGGACUGGUUCCAGAGCCACCUGCGCCAGCUCCGCCACAAAUACGGCAUCUCAUCCUUCAAGUUCGACGCAGGUGAGACCAGCUACCUGCCCAAGCAGUUCAGCACCUUCCGCCCGCUCUCAGACCCCAGCAUCUGGUCACGGCGCUACACGGAGAUGGCCAUCCCCUUCUAUGAGCUGGCCGAGGUGCGGGUGGGCUACCAGUCACAGAACAUCUCCUGCUUCUUCCGCAUCAUUGACCGCGACUCCGUCUGGGGCUACGAGCUUGGCCUCAAGUCCCUCAUCCCCACGGUACUCACCAUCAGCAUGCUGGGGUAC